GCGAUAACGGGGAAAGCUUAUUCUACUGUCACAACGCAAUGGAAGGGCAGGGGAAACCGCAUCUUUAUUUUAUUGCGUUCUCGAAAAAACAGCAUUAAUUCAUACUCCAAGCAACAAGCUGCCAGUGCCAGGAUCUAGCUGCUCUUCUUUUUCUCUUGCAUUGGACUUCCAACGCUUUUUUGAUUUGGGGACAAGCUGGGUGUGAUCGUCAUGAACAAAGUGUGGUUUUGAUGGCUGCAAAAUCAGCCUUUACUUCUACAAAGAGAUUCUAAGAAUUGAGAGGGAAAAGUCUGCUUGCAUAAUCUUUUUAAAAAGGGAAAGAGCAGUGUUGUGGUGGUGGUUUUUUUUUUUCCCCUCUUCUGUUUGGAUUUCUUUUUAAACUUAUGAAAAAUGGCAACAGCAGCAUGUGUGGAUCAUUUUGCAGCAGAGUGCCUUGUUUCUAUGUCCAGUCGUGCUAUUAUCCAUAGUCCCAAAGGGGAGCCUGAUCCCCAACCUGGUGCGGCAAUACCUUCUUCAUCAAAUGGGGAAGAUAAGCGGGAAGUCAGAGAAACCGGGAAAGACAAUGGAUCAUCAUUACUUGUUGUAGCUAGCAUUUUAGCAGAUCUGAACCAACAUGUCCCAAACUCACCUGCUCUAAGGAUGGAAAAAACAGAGACCUUUGAUAUCACAGAACAAUUACACAUUUCUAUUGCUCCUAAGGAGUUUGGGGAAGAAAGUGUGUCUUCGGCUGGUAAGCAUGGAGGAGGAAGAGCAGCCACACCUACUAGCCUGGCUGCAGUAACUGAGCCAAGCCCCAGACAAAAGAACAAACGCACGAGAAGCUGGACUGACCCUGGAUCACCCCAGAAAAAGCACAAAUGCCACUAUGUGGGGUGUGAAAAAAUUUAUGGCAAAUCUUCCCAUCUUAAAGCUCAUCUAAGGACCCACACAGGUGAACGGCCUUUUGAAUGCAGCUGGCAAGGAUGUAACAAGAAGUUUGCCCGCUCCGAUGAGCUGGCCCGCCAUUACCGCACUCACACAGGAGAAAAGAAGUUCAGCUGUCCUCUCUGUGAGAAACGCUUCAUGCGCAGCGACCAUCUGACAAAGCAUGCCCGUCGCCAUGCCAAUUUCCACCCAAGCAUGCUCAAGAGGCGAAGUGGAAGCAGCUCAAGAACAGGCUCUGUCAGUGACUACAGCCGCUCAGAUGCCUCAAGCCCGACUAUUAGCCCCGCCAGUUCCCCAUAGACCUACCUGCACUGGAUGUCAGCACUUUGCCUCCAAUACCUAACGUGGAGUUUUGUUUGUGUUGCACACAUGUAAAAAACUCUGUCGCUUCCCCUCCUCAGUUCCCCACUCCCUCCCGCCCCCUUUUUUUUUAAAUUAGUAAAUAGCUGCCUCCCACUGCAAUUUCCAGUCAAACUUUCUUUACCCAACCACACAAGUGGCUAUUCUAACCUCAUGGACAGACAGACUUACAUGUUAUACUUAGUGACUCCUGCUGUCUCAAUAUUUCACACAUUUUGCAACCAUUUAGAGAUCCUCUUGAUUAUUCUUUGUAAGAAAAUGAGAAAAUCUAAAAAAAGAAAAAAACCUGACUUAAUUCACCUCAGGUGUCAAAGUAGUUUUGUAAGACUGGAUUGCACAACGUGAGCAUACAUACACUUACAAAUCAACUGUGUUGGAUUGUGUCUCCCUUCUCCUUUCUCAGGGAUGGAUAUUUAUGUUACACAAUAACUACAAUGAAGACACACCCUAACUGCAGCCUUAUUCUGUAAAUAUAUUUGCACUCAGAAGCUUUUUGUUAGGUUCUUUCACACACUGGGGAAAAAAAACCCCAACAAACAAACAAUACAAAAACCAAACCAGUACUGGAAUGUACUACCAGACUCUUCCAUUGUUUGUUUUCCUGAUUAUAUACCUACACUGGGGAGUGUCCAAACAGGAGUCUUGUCUUUCUUCAAGCUGCCCUCUGCUUUUGGUAGCAAGCCAUCUUUUCACUUCAUGCUGAAGAUGCUCCAAAAUCAACUUCCUAUUGCAAAAAUCUCUGUGAGGUUGAUAAACUUGUUUGCUUAUUUGUUUCAUGCUAGAUGAAAUUCUGAGAAAAAAUUCUAAACAAGAUGCCUUAAGUAAAUAACCUAAAUCAUGAGGAAACAUAUUUACACUGGGUAACAUUUUAUUGCAGGGUGGCAUGGAAUCUCAGAGGCAUUCUGUCAUCACUCUCUCUAAGUUGUUAAGCUCUCUGCACUGCCUCUUCAGUAUGGGACCAACAGAUUAUGCAAAUCAAACCACACUGACUUGAACAAUUUUCUUUAUUCUUUUUUCCUUUUUUUUUUAAAUGAACUAUGGAAAUAGCAUAGCUGAACCACUGCCCACCAAAACGUUUAUCAAGGUACUUACCUACUGUACAGCUGUAUCUUAGCAAGACAAAUUGGCUAAGACAUAGUUUCUGUAUCCUGUUGCAUCACUAUUGUGGUCACUGAUAAAAGGAAGCAAAAAUCAUAAGGUAUCUUCUGACUGGAAAAACAAAAUAUGCAUUUUUUAAGUUUUAAAAUAAAAUGACAUUAUAGCUCAGCACUACUACAAGUUUCUCAAAAAUACACAUACCAGCAUAAAGUAAGGUGCUGUCAUUUCUGAAUAACUGCUUAAUAACUAAAAGGCAAUCUUUGCUAGUUUUCAAUAACUUUCAAAUAUCUGACACUAGAUAGACCACUAGGAGGUAGAUUUUUAUGUUUUAUGUGGUAGAAAAUAUAGCAAAAGACCAGGAGCAUUGUGAUGUACUGGAGACCUCACUGGCAGCAAAUAUACUCUCCUUGGUUUGGCUGGGUCUGAUGGUGCAUAGUAUAAAUACAGGUCCUUUUGAUUCAGGAAUUUUUGGGGUUUUCUUAUUUUUACUGUAGGGUAUAAAUACAGUUAAGUGUAGCAUGGUGAAAAGAAACUCUCUACGCCAAACCUGCCGUUUGAUAUCAAGUGAAUGCCUCCAGAUUCCAAAUGAACCUGUAUCUUGCUGCUUUGCAUUGAUCCAAUUUUGCAAGUUUUUAUUGUACUGUAUAUUAACUGUGAGGGGCUAAUAUAGAUUUCCAAGUAGUUUCAUAGGUACUUCCAUAAUAUUUACAUUAUUCCUAAUACUAUGCAUUCUAUUAGUUGUAUGGAUAAAUACUUAAAGACAGUUCAAAGUGCAGAUAUUUCAGUAUUUUUUUCAUGUUCAUUUGCUUCAGAUUUCACCUCUGUAAAAUCACAAUUUUCCCCUUUUGAAUUGGAAGUCAUGCGAGGCACAAUUCUACUGUUUCAUUUCACAGAAAAUGAAAGAACAUUGUAAGGGUUUUUUUGUAAGAUGAUGAAUAUUGUUGAGUUUGUGUGAUGAGUUGCCUAACCACUGUUAGUUAGGGGAAAGCCAGAUCUGUUUGCCUACAUAGAUUUCAGCUUUUUUUUUUGCUUUUUUUUAUUAAAUCUUGAUCUACUGAGAUACAUAAUUUUAACAGCUUGAUACAAUUCAGGUAACAGGAAUUCACAUUCCAAUCAUUUCUGUGACUGCUAAAAGUGCUCUUGUGCUGUAGUUAGUAAAGAGGCAUUUAAGAUAUCUAGCUAAAGGAAUUCUACAGGUCAGCUGUGUCUUGUGCACAUACUUCGAAACAAAUCAUGAACACUUUUCUCAUUAUCAUUAUACCUUAACAGAGGGAUUGGGGGAGGGGGAGGGACAGGACAAAAACAAAAGGAGAACUCAGUAUCAGCAAAAAUCAUGGGCUUCAUGUUCUAAGUUCAGUUUGUUGUGAAAUCAUUUUUUCCAACAAGAGCAUCAUUUAAUCUUCAGCAAAGGAGGAACUACUCCAGUCCAUUUAUCUAGGGUGUAGUAAUUCGUCGUGAAUCAGUAGGUGCAUUACAAAUAAGUUGUUUUAAUAGCCUGGAGAAAGAAUAUUCGCAUCAAGUUUUAUUAGCACUGAGAUUAUGGGAUAACCUAUUCUGAGUGACACAAGAACUAUGUAAUCUUUAACUCAAACAGUAAACUAAGCAUUUUAUGUAUAUUCUUUAUAGAUAUUACUAAUCUCCAAGUUUAAGCA